GGAAAGCAGCACAUAGUUUUUCGCAAUGUGGGCCUGAUGUGAGGGAGAGGAAAGGAAGGAAAGGAGGAGGGGAACUUAGCCCAGCUGCUGCUGAGGAAGAGAAACACACACAUACCAUAGAAAGGAUCUGUGCUCACUUCAGCGGCUGGAGCAGGAACCUCUGAGCCAAGUUGCACAAUGAAUACCUACAUCUUCAGCUAUUAUUUAAUCCAGUUCUGUGGACAUUCUUGGAUAUUUACCAACAUGAUCAUCAGAUUCCUGUCUUUUGGGGAAGAUUCUGUGGCAGAUACUUUCUAUUCCAUUGGACUGGUCAUGCGUAUUUGCCAAUUAGCAUCAAUACUGGAGCUCUGGCAUAUUGGUCUAGGUAUUGACGAAGACCAUUUCCUUCCACGGCUUUUACAGAUCACAGAAAGAAUCAUCAUCUUGUUUGUUGUGAUUGCUAGUCAAGAAGAAGUGCAAGGGAAAUACAUUGUUUGCAUCUUAUUUUUCCUUUGGAACUUCAUGGAUGUGGUCAGAUACACUUACUGUAUGUUAGCAGCAACAGGAAUAUACUUUCAAGAAUUGACAUGGCUCCAUUAUUCUCUAUGGAUUCCUUUAUAUCCUCUGUCAGUUUUGGCUCAAGCAUUUGCCAUAUAUGAAUCGUUGCCUCACUUUGAAACCGAUAGCGGAUACUCUGUCCAAUUGCCAUUACCAUUUGAUGUAUCUGUCUACCUUCCAUACAUGCUAAAAUUGUACAUGGCAAUAUUGUUUGGAGGUACCUAUUUCAUUAUUCACUACCUCUACACAGAACGGAACACGUGCUUAGGAAGCUAUAAUGUCAAAGCAAAAAGAAGCUAACCUACAUUUUCUUUGGACAACAAGAAGAAUGACUUAUGCUGGAAAACACAAUUUGUGUGUUUAUAAAUUUCCAAAGAAUAGCAGUUUGGCUAUUUCUAGUUUAACAAAUUAUAUCAUGUAUUUCCUUAGUAACUAGAUCUUUCCCAAAAUUGGCAUGAAUGUUUGUUUGUACAUGCAGCAGAAGCAGAAUCUUAAUGCAGAAACGGCAUUUUUGAAGGCACCUUUUAGCCCCUGCUGUGGUUUGUGCUGAAAAAUAGGAAUGUGAUUAUGCUCCCAGUGACUCUUUGUUGGCACAGCAACACGUGCAAGGGGUAGAAUGCACAAGGUGCUUCCUCUAUUCAACAACAGUGGCUAUUUUUUGUGGGAUCUUUGGGCUAUGUGGCUGUGUUCUGGAAGAGUUUAUUCCUGAUAUUUUGCCAGCAUCUGUGACUGGCAUCUUCAGAAAAUGCUGGCAUGGAAAUGAGUUGGGUAUAUA